GCCCAUCUGUGCAAACAUAGACGAUCUUUGACAGUGACCGUGGAUAAGGUAAACUACAGAGAACUAGCUUCUGGAAAAUAGUUACUAAAAUAUGGCGAGAGGUUUCUUAACGUCACUUGUUGGAGAGUCCGUGGUUGAAUCGUGUAUUUUCUGUUUGAUUGCCAACGAGCAAGACGAAGAAACGGAAAUUCUUGCAAAGAACCGGGACAUGGUGUGUUUCAGGGACAUUGAUCCAGCUGCUCCUCACCACUACCUGGUCAUACCCAGAAAACACAUACACAGCUGCUCCUCUCUGCACAGAAAACACAUCGACCUCGUUGAAAGAAUGGCUGAAAUGGGGAAAGCUGUGCUGCAUGACCAAGGGUUCGCAGAUAUGAAUGACAUAAGCAUGGGAUUCCACCUGCCACCCUUCAUUUCAGUAAACCACCUCCACCUCCACGUGCUCGCCCCCAGCAGCCAAAUCUCACGGUCCAUGAUUUUCAAAUUCACACCACGGACCGAGAGUUUUAUUUUAGAACAACGUGUACGGGAGCAACUGAAGAAUAUUUCUCCAAUGCACCACUUCACUACACAGCUUAGAAGCAAAAAAAGCAAACAUUUAUUUGAAUGAAGUCCUUUUUUAUGAUCAGUGAUAGGACUGACUUGGUACAACACAAUGAUGCACUGUAUGGUUGUUGAAAUAUGCUGGCUCUGAAAAUCACUUUACUUAUACAAAAUACUUUUUUAACUACCUGCCUUCAUGUUUUAAUGUGUGUCAGCAUGUUUACAGAAUCCAGUCUGUAUGUACUGUGUUUGCGUGUAAUUAACUGAGUUGAUGUAGGUAUUUUUAGCCGUUCAAGGAAAAGUUGCAGCCAGUAUCAGUGAAUGAAUCUUUGUAUUAGGGCUGCAACUAACAAUUAUUCUCAUAAUCGAUCCAUCUGUCAAUUAUUUCCUCAAAUAAUCAAGUACUUCCAUGAAAUUCCAAAACAAUGAUGAAAAAUGUUGAUCUGUGUUUCCCAAACCUGGAAAUGAUGAUAUUCUCUAAUGCCUUGUUUUGCCUAUAAACCGAAAUGAUUCACUUUUAA